GAGACGAAGCCUUCCAUAGAUUAUUCUCCCCAAAGUCUCUCCCUGCCUCUCCUCUCAUCUCCGCCUCGCGAUCGAACCCUCGCCCCGCCCGCCCGCCAGCUUGCUUCCCCGCCUCCACCUCCACCUCCGCCUCCGCGCCCUCCCUCCCCCUCCGCCCACUCCUCAUCUCGCGAUUGGUGAAUUCUAGGGUUUCGCGGCGGCCACCCGGAUCCAGCUCGGCGCGGCGAGCGCCUCUAAAGCUUCGGAUCGCGCGACCGCGCUCUGCUCACUCGCUGCCCCUCUCCGCUCCGCGCCGCCGCCGCCGCCGCCGCCGCCGACACGACGACGACGAGUUGCUGUGCCUGGGGUUGGAACCUCCGCCGCCUCUCCGUUGACCACCGGAUAUGGUCUGAAGUCUGGUGUCAGCACAUGGUGUGGAAAUCAGAGCUCUAAAUCUGCUUGGGUGUGAGGUUGUGAUAGUGUGGAUACUGACAGAAUUGCCACUGUACAAGAUGUUUUGGCACGUGCCUGGACUCUCCGCUGCAUCACCUGUGGAUACUAUUUUGGACAAGGAAAAUUUUAAGUUGGAGGAUCUUCUUGAUGAGGAUGAAAUAAUCCAGGAGUGCAAAGCACUAAAUACCCGCCUAAUCAAUUUUUUGCGGGACAAGGUUCAAGUGGAGCAACUCCUUCGCUACAUUGUAGAGGAGGCACCUGAAGAUGCAGAAAAGAAAAGGAUAUUUAGAUUUCCGUUUAUAGCUUGUGAAAUAUUCACAUGCGAAGUGGAUGUUAUCAUGAAGACAUUAGUGGAGGAUGAAGAUCUUAUGAAUUUACUUUUCUCCUUCCUCAAAUCUGACCACCCUCAUGGGACACUUUCGGCUGGUUACUUUGCCAAGGUAGUGAUCUGCUUGAUGAUGAGGAAGACACUCCCACUAGUUAGUUAUGUGCAGGGUCAUCCUGAAAUAGUUAGCCAACUUGUUGAUCUUAUUGGUAUUACUUCCAUCAUGGAGGUCUUGAUUCGCUUAAUAGGUGCUGAUGAAACUAUGUAUUCAAGUUAUGCGGAUUCUAUGCAAUGGUUAGAUGACAUAAAAGUCCUUGAGAUGAUAGUUGACAAGUUCAGCACAUCAGAUUCUCCUGAGGUUCAUGCAAAUGCUGCUGAGAUCCUUUGUGCAGUAACUAGAUAUGCCCCUCCAGCACUUGCUGCAAAGAUUUCCAGUCCAAGCUUCGUGGGGAGAUUAUUUCAACAUGCCUUUGAAGAUUCAAGGCCUAAAUCGGUGCUGGUCCACUCAUUGUCAGUGUGCAUAUCUUUGUUAGAUCCUAAGAGACUUGUAUCGGCUUCCUACCAGGCUUUCCGUAGUCAGCUGAGCCAUGGAACACUAGUUACUGCAAGUCCAGAAACAGUAAAUGGGAUGCUGGAUAGCCUAGGUGAUUUGUUGAAGCUGCUGGAUGUUUCAUCUGCUGAAAAUGUGCUGCCAACAACUUAUGGAAGCUUACAACCUCCUCUUGGGAAACAUCGCUUGAAGAUUGUCGAGUUCAUCUCUGUUCUACUAUCAAUUGGUAGUGAAGCUGCUGAAGCGCGACUGAUCCAUCUAGGAGCAAUCAAGCGGGCCAUAGAUCUAUUUUUUGAGUACCCAUUCAAUAACUUUUUGCACCACCAUGUGGAAAACAUCAUUGGGUCCUGUCUGGAGAGUAAGCAGGAUCAACUUAUUGGCCAUGUCCUUGAUGAGUGUAAACUUGUCACAAGAAUUCUGGAAGCAGAGAAGAACUCUGCGCUGUCAACAGAUUUAACUAAGCAUACAUUGUCUGCAGAGGGAAAAUCUCCACCAAGGAUAGGAAUUGUUGGUCAUAUGACACGCAUAGCUAACAAACUCCUUCAGUUGGCCAAUACCAACACCAUGGUCCAAUCACAUUUGCAGCAAAAUUCUGGUUGGAUCGAGUGGCAUGCCAGUAUCCUAACGAAGCGUAAUGUAUUAGAGAAUGUUUACCAGUGGGCUUGUGGUCGACCAACAUCACUGCAGGAUCGUGGUAGGGACAGUGAUGAUGAAGACUUCCGAGAUAGGGACUAUGAUGUGGCAGCACUUGCUAGUAAUUUAAGCCAGGCAUUUAAAUAUGGUAUUUACAGCAAUGAGGAUAUUGAUGAGGCUCAAGCGUCACUUGAGCGGGAUGAUGAGGAUGUAUAUUUUGAUGAUGAAUCUGCAGAGGUUGUAAUCUCCUCUCUUCGCCUUGGAGACGAACAAGACAGCUCGCUCUUUACAAAUUCCAAUUGGUUUGCGUUUGACGAGGACAAAGCAUUGAAUGAUGGUUCUGUUAGCUCAGAAGCUUCCCCAUCCCCAAAUUCUGAGAUAUCCGCACCAAAACUGGAUGAUGAGACUGAUGAAGUCAUUCUUGGUGAAGUUAUUGAUGACACAAAAGGUUCUGAAUCAUCUUUACCAGAUACGAAAGGUUCUGAACCACCUUUAGCAGUCUCCAAUAAGGACAUAAAUGAAGAGUUUGGUCACACAGUCUUGGCAAAUGGUACCAUCGACAAGUUGGAAGACGACAUCAGACCACCAACCCCUGACGUUAAAGAGAGUCAACCUGAGUGUGUCGAAUGGAGGGAGGAAGAAGCUGAACCUGGUGGUGUUGUUGAGAAGGAUACCACAGCUCCGGAUUUUGAGGUUGAAAAUGAGAAGCAGCUGCAUUCCAUGGAUGAUGUCAUGCCUUGUGAGGCCAAAUUAGGAGAGGUAAAGGAGAGUGAUAAUUCGUCUGGAUCUUCGGCGCCUGAGACCACAGCAGAAGCAGUACUACCAGUUUCAUCUGAUUCCGAUUCAAUCAAGCAUCCUGAACCAGUUGGUGAGAGCACUGUUUCAGAGUAUCCACUGGGUGGACAGAAUCAGGAGGAAGAUGAAAAUAAGAGGGAAUGAAGUGAAAUAAAUUUGAGGGUAUCAGUUCAAUUCACACGAUGGUGGAUCAGUUGAUGGACAUGCAGGCAGCAUUAGGAACUGGUCGGACCAUUAUUGUAUAAACAGUUUGAGGAUCAUAUGUGGAUUGUGAUCUACACAUUUUGCUUAAGGUGGCCCCCCACAUGCACCUGAUGGAGCCUCAAAGAUUCAAUUGCCUCAUGGAGCUGCUUAGGUUUGAUCUGUAACAUAAUUUAUUGGGAGGUUUUUUGCUGUGUGCCUGUGUCAAUGCCUGCAGUCUGUGCGCUACAUACGAGGUGCAAAAUGCUGAAAGUAGUCAGCCUUUUUCUUUCUCAACCACAUAGUGGGGUUCUGUUCGUCACCCUGGUAAAUAACUGAUAGGUGAAUAGGUGAUAUCUUGUCCUGAUGCAUGUCCAGUACUGUAGUUGGUGCUAUUUGUACGAAAUUUUGACUCGAAUGCAGUCAGUUGAUUGUUUUCAUAUUCAGAAUUUGUUCAAAAUUCCUGUAAACUAUAUAAAAAUAUAUAGCUUCUAUUUCAACCAGGAACUUUGUACUCAAUUAAUUUGUUAUAUAAACGAGUGAUGGUAGAUUCGCUUCA